AUGGUCGCAGAAGAGACAGACUGGGAAUCGAUAAAACGCAAUCUAUUUGUGAACUACAUUCUACACACCGUCCCGCUCGUCGUGCUCUACUACGAUUACCUCUUGACUGUCGGAGACGAGAUACAGCAUUACUGGCCUAAUCGCCGCCGCCCUCUCACCUGGCUUUCCUGUCUUUUCCUGGGAGUGAGAUACCUCGCCGUGAUCGGCUACAUACCAGCGCUUGUUGCUCUGGUCUGGGGAACAGAUUGGCAACAGGGGUGCGGGGCACUUCAGUAUUAUGAGACAUUCCUGGAGCUAUGUCUACAAGUCCUUGUCGCAGCUCUUUGUAUCCUGCGUGUGUAUGCUCUUUACGCAAAGGAUCGCAGAGUCUUGAUAGGGCUCAUUCUAUUGGCUGUCGUCCUGUUGGCUGUGGCCUCCUACUUCUUCGCCUCCAAAAACAUCCAUUCGCCCUCCUACUUCUGGUCUAUUGCACCCUCUUGCGGGCUUUCAACUCCUCCAGAGAGAGGUGCCAGACUGGCCAUCGCGUGGUCCGCUGUACUGAUAUUCGACCUGUCAAUCCUUUUCAUGACUGCGGUACGCGCUGGCAGAGUGUGGCAAGCUGGGCGCAUUGUGCAUGUCGUACUCAGGGACGGAGUCCUGUACUUCUGCGCGCUAUCGGCGAGUAAUCUCGUCAACAUUGUGACCUUACGCGUUGCAACGCCACUCCUGAGGACGACCUUCGGAUCUCUCACAAACGUCCUCUCCGUCGUACUCAUCUCUCGCCUGAUGCUGAACCUGCGUUCGGACGUAAAUCCGGGUUCUGAUCCAUUCACCGAAGAUACGGAACUCACCGCGGUCACUUCGGCGAGCCUUGACACGAAUAUCCUGGUGAAGAAGUCUGAUGUCAGAGUUUCGCCGUGA